AUGAUUUCAGGAGUUAUUCUCUUCAUUUUUGAUUAAAAGUAGCAUAGUGAAUACUAGCUAUAGCUUUUGGCUAAGGAAGAUGCUCAAAAUAAGGUUGAUUUUACUAAUUACCUAUCUAAGUUCAACAAGAAUUACCUCGAUUUGAAAACAUUCACGCAAAAGAUGGCUACCUUUAUAGAAAACAAGAAGCAAAUAACAACUCUAAAUUCUAAGCUGAAAGACUUUAGAUUAGAAUAGAACAUAUUCUCUGAUUGGUCUAAUUAAGAGUAUUAAAGCAUACUGGGGUUGAGUGCUCCAACAGACAUUCCAAAAUUUAACAAAACAAAGCAGAACUGGCUCAUAAGCUCAACUGUAAAGAAACUUAGCAUUCCUAAGCAAUUAGAUUGGAGAUUUUCAAAUAUUAUUACUCAAGUAAAGAAUCAAGGGAGAUGUGGGUCUUGCUAUGCUUUCUCUUCAAUAGCAUCUUUUGAGAGUUUACUUAUACUAAAUAACAGGGCUAAGUAUUAGGAGAUUGAUCUUUCAGAAUAAUAAAUCAUAGAUUGUACCAGGCAAUAUUCAAAUCUCGGUUGUAGAGGAGGUGACGUUUCCAAAGUAUUUGAAUAUCUGAUGUAAAUCAAAGUUUAGAAUGAAUCCACUUAUCCCUAUAUAAAAAAGGUAAAUCCAAAAUGCCUCUAUAGUGAGUUAAAUGGAUUUUUCUUUGAAGACCCUGAUGACAUUGUUGAGAUAGUAAGUAAAUAGCCAGUCACAGCAGGAAUAGAUGCUUCAUCUAUAUACUUUAAGAAUUAUAAAAAUGGAAUCAUUACUUCGACUAAAUGUGGUGCACAGAAUAAUCAUUCAGUCUUGAUAAUUGGUUAUGGGACAUUAGAUUAAAUUGAUUACUGGAUUGUAAAAAAUUCAUAUGGAAUAAGAUGGGGAGAGAAUGGGUUUGCUAGGAUACAAAGAACUGCUGGCAGAGAUGGAAUUUGCGGACUCAAUAAAUAUAUAGCUUACCCAAUUCUUAAUUGA